AUGGAUCCAGUUGCCCCUGUGCAGGAAGAUAUUAGGAGAGUCGGGCGGAAGGAGUUAUACACGGACUUUGGAAAGCGCAUGGAGUAUAUAAAGACAUUUCUGGAUUUCACAGACGUCAUUCCGGAACUCACCCAUCGUCUCUAUGAGAAGAUGCUCGAAUUCGAUAUCACAGCCCGUGCUCUCCGCACUCGGAGUACUACGUCCGAAGCACAAAUCGAGGAUUUAUUCACAAUUGACAGUCCUCAGGUGCAAAGGAGAAAGAUUUUCUGGAAAUGGUAUCUGACUAGACUAUGCUCAGACCCCGGCCAGCCUUCGUACUGGGAAUAUCUGCGAAAAGUUGGAGUACAUCCAUAUGAAUGCUUGUCUCGGUUACGUAAAACAACUUCUCUUUGA